AUGUUCCGUCGAUUUCGCGAGCGUGUGUUUUCCGGUCGACCGAACAAGGCUGAAUCUGAUGCAACUUUGGCGCCUCCGUCGCCAACGGAGGCGGUGGAGUUUGAGAUCGGAGUGGAAGACUGGUCGCUACCGUUAUAUGAUGAAACCUUCAUGCAAGCAGAGGGUCCCGCACGGACCGAGAAAUCAAU